CCCCACUCUCUCUCUACACGUACAUAUACAUACAUGCAUCUAUAUAUUCUCUCAUCUCCAUUGCUAACACAGACAGGUCAGAUAUAUUAUAGAGAGCUACAUAUAUAUACAGCAAGAAAUCCCAGUUCAGCUGAAGCUCGAGAAGCAGAGAAGAAAAUGAAACCCGUAGACGAGAAGAAGAAAAUGAAGCCCGUUGAUGAGAAGAAGGAAACGCUGACGUUCCGAGCGGUGAGCAGAGACGAGGAAGGAAGAAAACCCGUAGAGAAAGCGAAAGUGAGCAAGCAAAACAUCGACAAGCUGAAGUACACAGAGAAGAAGCUGGUGGACAAAGGCGUGCAUCGAAUGGAGCGCCACCCCGCUGAUGGGCUUCCGCUGGCCCAUGGGCCGCCCAAGUUUGGCCACGGCGGGAAGUACACGUGGGAGGGCCCGGCGGAGAACGAGAUGGAGGCAGUGCCAGCGGCGGUGGACGAGAAGGAUCCGAAUUAUGUGGAGGAGGAGGAGAGGUUGGAUGGUGAGGUGACUGAGUUGGUGGUUGGGGAGGUUGAGGUGCCUAAGGCUGCUGAGGUCAAAGAAGGGGUUGCUAGGAUUGAGGUUCAUCCCCACUUGAUCGAAGGUUAAUUGAGAUAUAUGGAGUAUGUAAGAGCUUAAUUUGUGGAGUCUCUCCUUGUUUUGGAGAGCAGUGUGAGACUUCAUAACUAUAUGUACUAAUAACUCAGUACUUAUUUAAACAAUAUUACUAUUGUCAAGUAUUGAUCAGUGUUGCAUCGUAUGUUAUCUUCUUGCUUCUUUUCCUUUUUGUAUCAGCUUUUGUUUAUGUUUUCUUGGUUACUAAUUGAAUUCUAUAUUAUAUUAACCAGAUCAAUUUGCAAC